AUGGGACACAGUAAACAAAUUAGAAUUUUACUUCUGAACGAAAUGGAAAAGCUGGAAAAGACCCUCUUCAGACUUGAACAAGGGUUUGAACUACAGUUCCGACUAGGCCCCACUUUACAGGGAAAAGCAGUUACUGUAUUUACAAAUUACCCAUUUCCUGGAGAACCGUUUAAUCGAGAAAAAUUCCGUUCCCUGGAAUGGGAAAAUCCAACAGAAAGAGAAGAUGAUUCUGAUAAAUACUGUAAACUUAAUCUUCAGCAAGCUGGAUCAUUUCAGUAUUACUUCCUUCAAGGAAAUGAAAAAAGUGGUGGGGGUUACAUAGUUGUGGAUCCUAUUUUACAUGUUGGUGCUGACAAUCACGUGUUACCCUUGGACUGUGUUACUCUUCAGACAUUUUUAGCUAAGUGUAUGGGACCCUUUGAUGAAUGGGAAAGCAGACUUAGGGUUGCAAAAGAAUCAGGUUACAACAUGAUUCAUUUUACCCCUUUACAGACUCUUGGACUAUCUAGGUCAUGCUACUCCCUAGCUAACCAGUUAGAAUUCAGUCCUGACUUUUCAAGACCUAAUAAAAAGUAUACCUGGAAUGAUGUUGGACAGCUAGUGGAAAAAUUGAAAAAGGAAUGGAAUAUUCUUUGUAUUACUGACGUUGUCUACAACCAUACUGCUGCUAAUAGUAAAUGGAUCCACGAACAUCCAGAAAGUGCAUAUAACCUUGUAAAUUCUCCACACUUAAAACCUGCCUGGGUCUUAGACAGAGCACUGUGGCAUUUAUCCUGUGACGUUGCAGAAGGGAAAUACAAAGAAAAAGGAGUACCUGCUUUGAUUGAAAAUGAUCAUCAAAUGAAUUGCAUUCGAAAAAUAAUUUGGGAGGAUGUUUUUCCAAGGAUUCAACUCUGGGAAUUUUUCCAAGUGGACGUUCACAAAGCAGUUGAGCAAUUUAGAGGACUUCUUACACAAGAAAAUAGGAAAAUAACAACCAAACCUGAUCCAAAGAAACACCUUAAGAUUAUUCAAGAUCCUGAAUACAGAAGGCUUGGCUGUACUGUAGAUAUGAACAUUGCACUAGCAACUUUCAUACCACAUGACAAUGGGCCAGCCGCAAUUAAUGAAUGCUGUAACUGGUUCCGCAAGAGAAUUGAGGAAUUAAAUUCAGAGAAGCACCAACUUGUGAACUAUCAUCAGGAACAGGCAGUUAAUUGCCUCUUGGGAAAUGUGUUUUAUGAACGACUGGCUGGCCAUGGUCCUAAACUAGGACCUGUCACUAGAAAACAUCCUUUAGUUACCAGAUAUUUUACUUUCCCAUUCGAAGAAAUGACCCUCUCCACAGAAGAAUCUAUGAUUCAUCACCCAAAUAAAGCUUGUUUUCUGAUGGCACAUAAUGGGUGGGUAAUGGGAGAUGAUCCCCUUCGAAACUUUGCUGAACCAGGUUCAGAUGUUUAUCUAAGGAGAGAACUUAUUUGCUGGGGAGACAGCGUCAAAUUACGCUAUGGGAAUAAACCAGACGACUGUCCUUUUCUCUGGGCACACAUGAAAAAAUACACUGAAAUAACUGCGACUUAUUUCCAGGGAGUGCGUCUUGAUAACUGCCACUCAACACCCCUUCACGUAGCUGAGUACAUGUUGGAUGCUGCUAGGAAAUUGCAACCCAAUUUGUAUGUAGUGGCUGAACUGUUCACGGGAAGCGAAGACCUGGACAAUGUCUUUGUUACUAGACUGGGCAUUAGCUCCCUAAUAAGAGAGGCAAUGAGUGCAUAUAAUAGCCAUGAAGAAGGGAGGUUAGUUUAUAGAUAUGGAGGAGAACCUGUUGGAUCCUUUGUUCAGCCUUGUCUGAGGCCUUUAAUGCCGGCUAUUGCACACGCUCUGUUUAUGGAUAUUACCCAUGAUAAUGAGUGUCCUAUUGUGCAUAGGUCAGAAUAUGAUGCUCUCCCGAGUACCACGAUUGUUUCUAUGGCAUGUUGUGCUAGUGGAAGUACUAAAGGCUAUGAUGAAUUAGUGCCUCAUCAGAUUUCAGUGGUUUCUGAAGAACGGUUUUAUACUAAGUGGAAUCCUGGAGCAUCGCCAUCAAAUACAGGUGAAGUUAAUUUCCAAAGUGGAAUUAUUGCAGCCAGAUGUGCUAUCAAUAAACUUCAUCAAGAGCUUGGGGCCAAGGGUUUCAUUCAGGUGUAUGUGGAUCAGGUUGAUGAAGACAUAGUGGCAGUAACAAGACAUUCGCCCAGUAUUCAUCAGUCUGUUGUGUCUGUGUCUAGAACUGCUUUCAGGAAUCCUAAGACCUCAUUUUAUAGCAAGGAAGUACCUCAAAUGUGCAUCCCUGGCAAAAUUGAAGAAGUAGUUCUUGAAGCCAGAACUAUUGAGAGAAAUGCAAAACCUUAUCGGAAGGAUGAGAAUUUCAUCAAUGGAAUGCCAAAUAUCACAGUAGAAAUUAGAGAACAUAUUCAGCUUAGUGAAAGUAAAAUUGUUAAACAAGCUGGAGUUGCCACAAAAGGACCCAACGAAUAUAUUCAAGAAAUAGAAUUUGAAAACUUGUCUCCAGGAAGUGUUAUUAUAUUCAGAGUUAGUCUUGAUCCACAUGCACAAGUCGCUGUUGGAAUUCUUCGAAAUCAUCUGACACAGUUCAGUCCUCACUUUAAAUCUGGAAGCCUUGCUGUUGACAACUCAGAUCCUAUAUUAAAAAUUCCUUUCGCUUUUAUUGCUUCUAAAUUAACUUUGGCUGAGCUGAAUCAGGUACUUUACCGAUGUGAAGCAGAAGAACAAGAAGAUGGUGGAGGCUGUUACGACAUCCCAAACUGGUCAUCUCUUAAAUAUGCAGGUCUUCAAGGAUUAAUGUCCGUCUUGGCAGAAAUAAGACCAAAGAAUGACUUGGGGCAUCCCUUCUGUGAUAAUUUGAGAUCUGGAGAUUGGAUGAUUGACUAUGUCAGUAACCGGCUUAUUUCGCGGUCAGGAACUAUUGCUGAAGUUGGUAAAUGGUUGCAGGCUAUGUUCUUCUACCUGAAGCAGAUCCCACGUUAUCUUAUCCCAUGCUACUUUGAUGCUAUACUAAUCGGUGCAUACACCACUCUUCUGGAUAUAGCAUGGAAGCAGAUGUCAAGCUUUGUUCAGAAUGGUUCUACCUUUGUGAAACACCUUUCACUGGGAUCAGUGCAAAUGUGUGGAGUAGGAAAGUGCCCUUCUCUGCCACGUCUUUCACCUUCACUCAUGGAUGUGCCAUAUAGGCUAAAUGAGAUCACAAAAGAAAAGGAGCAAUAUUGUGUAUCUCUAGCUGCAGGUUUACCUCAUUUUUCUUCUGGUAUUUUCCGCUGCUGGGGAAGGGAUACUUUUAUUGCACUGAGAGGUCUACUGCUGAUUACUGGACGCUAUUUGGAGGCCAGGAAUAUUAUUUUAGCAUUUGCUGGUACCCUGAGACACGGUCUCAUUCCUAAUCUCCUGGGCGAAGGAACUUAUGCCAGAUACAAUUGCCGGGAUGCUGUGUGGUGGUGGCUACAGUGUGUUCAGGAUUAUUGUAAAUUCGUUCCCAAUGGCCUAGACAUUCUCAAGUGCCCAGUUUCCAGAAUGUAUCCUACAGAUGAUUCUGCUCCUUUGUCUGCCGGCACACUGGAUCAGCCAUUGUUUGAAGUAAUACAGGAAGUAAUGCAAAGACAUAUGCAGGGCAUACAGUUCCGAGAAAGGAAUGCUGGGCCACAGAUAGAUCGAAACAUGAAGGAUGAAGGCUUCAAUAUAACCGCAGGUGUUGACGAAGAAACAGGAUUUGUUUAUGGAGGAAAUCGCUUAAAUUGCGGCACAUGGAUGGAUAAAAUGGGAGAAAGUGACAGAGCCAGAAACAGAGGAAUCCCAGCCACUCCAAGAGAUGGGUCUGCUGUGGAAAUUGUGGGCCUGAGUAAAUCUACCGUCCGUUGGUUGCUGGAAUUAUCCAAAAAAAGAAUUUUCCCUUAUCAUGAAGUCACCAUAAGAAGACAUGGAAAGGUUGUGACAAUCUCAUACGAUGAGUGGAACAGAAAAAUACAAGACAACUUCGAAAAGCUAUUUUAUGUGUCAGAAGACCCUUCAGAUUCUAACGAAAAGCAUCCUAAUCUGGUUCACAAACGUGGCAUAUACAAAGAUAGCUAUGGAGCUUCAAGCCCGUGGUGUGACUAUCAGCUCAGGCCUAAUUUCACCAUAGCAAUGGUUGUAGCCCCUGAGCUCUUUACUGCAGAAAAAGCAUGGAAAGCUUUGGAGAUUGCAGAAAAAAAAUUGCUUGGUCCCCUUGGCAUGAAAACUUUGGAUCCAGAUGAUAUGGUUUACUGUGGUAUUUAUGACAACGCCUUAGACAAUGACAACUACAAUCUUGCUAAAGGUUUCAAUUAUCACCAAGGACCUGAGUGGCUAUGGCCCGUUGGCUAUUUUCUUCGUGCAAAAUUAUAUUUUUCCAAAUUGAUGGGUCCAGAGGCUAAUGCAAAGACUGUGUUUUUGGUUAAAAAUGUUCUUUCCCGGCAUUAUGUUCAUCUUGAGAGAUCCCCUUGGAAAGGACUUCCUGAACUGACCAAUGAGAAUGGCCAAUACUGUCCUUUCAGCUGUGAAACUCAAGCCUGGUCAAUUGCUACUAUUCUCGAAACGCUUUAUGACUUAUAG